CUGCUUUUAAUUAAACUUUUAUCAACACACUUUGUUGGUGUUUCUGUUGCCUAACCCUUCUCCCCUGCCAAUAGGUAGUAACUAGAUUCACACCAUUAAUUACUGAUGAUAUCCAAUAUUUGAAACUAUUGAAAGAAAUUAAAUUGUUCGAUCUUUUGCGCAUUCCUUUGACGAAACAAAAUACUAAAUUUCGACAGAGCAUCAGUCCACAAGAGAGGCUAACUGUUUUUCUAAGGUCUGAAAUAUGCAAAUGACGAUUGUCAUCGUUGUUUUUGUUUUGCCUGCUGUUUAUUGGUCCCUACGGUCUGAUGGCAAAAAAGCAAUCGCGUUUGGAUUCAACAAACCGAUAGAGGCAAGACCCGGAGAGUUCCCUUAUCAAGCCGCGCUGUUGGCACAAGUAAAUGGCACAUUGUUAAUAUUUUGCGGUGGUAGUUUAAUACAUCCGAGAUGGAUCCUGACUGCAGCACACUGUUUGGAACAACACGGUAAACAGUUUCCUUCGGAAUUUAUUAAAGUAUCAUUGGGAAAUAUCUACUACAAUUUAACCAAAAGCCCAUCACUCUCGGUCGAAGAGGUAAAAAUGCACGAAAAUUAUUACAAUUCUGACGGAAUACAUGAUAUCGGGCUCCUAAAACUGGAAAAAAAUACUAAAAUGUCAAAAUUUGUUAAUAUUAUCCCAAUGUACCAUAACAACCUUAUAAGGCAAGAUAAUCUAUACCUCACCGGAUUCGGAGUGACUAAUGAUUUCUCACGUAAGCCUCUGAGGUUAAGGAAAGCCACUUUACAUAUAAGUGCUCCAGAGAAAUGCCAUUUAAGUCCAAUGGAGUCCAAAUAUCAGAUAUGUGGCACUUCCACUAUGGUUGAAGGCAAGGCCUGUAAGGGGGACAGUGGCAGCCCUUUAGUGAUAAUUAAAGAUGGAAAAGCCACACAAGUUGGGAUCACCAGCCAUAUGUCCUUGUUGUCCUUAUGUAAAAUCAGUUUUAACUAUUCUGUAUAUAUUAAAGUGUCUGCUUAUAUACAGUGGAUAUCUGUUAAUACAGGCAGUCCUGUUUAGAAAGCUUAGAAGAUGAAUGUUGAAGCUCUUUAAUUAUUGUGUAUAUAAAAAAAUAUUAAUAUUUGAUGUAUAAGUAAAGGUCAUAUCGAUGACCCAGUU